UUAUUUAAUGAAAGAACGAACACUGAACAAAACUAUCAAAACAACAAAACGAACCGUGAAGCUAAUAUGGCUUGUGCAGAACAGGCAAGAUCGUACUUUUUUUUCGUACUCCGGUCUGAUGAAACAAAAAUAUAACUGUUUGGCCAUAAUGACCAUCGUUAUGUUUGGAGGAAAAAGGGGGAGGCUUGCAAGCCAAAGAACACCAUCCCAACCAUGAGUGGCAGCAUCAUGUUGUGGGGGUGCUUUGCUGCAGGAGGGACUGACAUCAGUCAGGAAGUUAAAGCUUGGUCACAAAUAGGUCUUCCAAAUGGACAAUGACCCCAAGCAUACUUCCAAAGUUGUGGCAAAAUGGCUUAAGGACAACAGAGUCAAGGAAUUGGAGUUUCCAUCGCUAAGCCCUGACCUCAAUCCUAUAGAAAAUGUGUAGGCAGAACUGAAAAAGCAUGUGCGGGCAAAGAGGCCUACAAACCUGACUCAGUUACACCAGCUCUGUCAUGUGGAAUGGGCCAAAAUUCACCCAACUUAUUGUAGGAAGCUUGUGGAAGGCUACCGAAACGUUUGACACAAGUUAAACAAUUUAAAGGCAAUGCUACCAAAUACUAAUUGAGUGUAUGUAAACUUCUGACCCACUGGGAAUGUGAUGAAGGAAAUCAAAUCUGAAAUAAAUCAUCUCUCUACUAUUGUUCUGACAUAUCACAUUCUUAAAAUAAAGUGGUGAUCCUAACUGACCCAAGACCUGGAAUUUUUACUAUGAUUAAAUGUCAGGAAUUGUGAAGAACUGAGUUUAAAUGUAUUUGGCUAAGGUGUAUUUAAGCUUCCGACCUUAACUGUACAUUUUUGCGAGAGUCUCGCCUUUCCACAGAGGGUGUGUAGCCCAAGCCGUUCAGAAGCUACAGACAGAAGUCGUCAGAUGGGCUCUACCGACUUCAGUAAAGACUUCCCCAUCAUGGUGGAAGCGGGUUAACCAUGGGGUCCUGGGGCCACGGCCUGUGUGUGGUUUUGUGUUUCUGGGGAACAGUUAGCGGGAGCAUGCUUCAGAGUCGCACUGUUGGCCCGUGUACUGUCAAUACUGGCACGGCAUCAUUUAACUGCAGUUGGAUGAAACUGGCUCAUAUUCCAACAGAGAUAUGGGACAAUGCAACCACACUGGACCUCUCCCAGAACCACCUCAACUUAACUAACCCUCAACAUCUCAGACAACUACAGAGGUUGGAUCAGCUGGUUACCCUCAAUCUCUCAGGCAACUACCUCCCUCUGCUGGGGAAAGACAACCUCUGCAGCCUCCCCUCCCUGCAUACACUAGACCUCAGUGGCUGCCAAUUGACUUCCAUAGAGGCUGGAGCUCUGCAGGGUUUACCCAGGUUAGGGAAGCUGUUUUUGGGGCACAACAGACUGCAAGUCCCCCUGUCUGUCUCCACUCAAGAUAUAGUAACUAUAUCCUUCCUGGAUUUCCAUGGGAACCAAGAGCUUGAGCGUGGCUCUGAUGAUUUGUCGACAGGAAUCAGAAGACCAUCUCAUAGAAAACUGUUGGCAAAUGACCGUGAACAUCCCACCACAACUCCAACGAACACAAUGACUACAGCUAAUGGCACAGAGUCGCCUGGUCAGAUCCACCCCUCCCACAGUUGGCAAUAUUUGGUGGCAGUCCCUGUGACGGCAAUCUCCCUCUCCCUCCUCAUCGCCAGCCUGGCCAAAUGCCAGCUGGUCCGCCGCUACCUAGCCAGCUAUCGCCACACCCGUCUGACCGAGCAGGACACAGCUAGCCAGUGUGACCCCAACAGUCUGGAGGUGGGCUUCUCUAUGUUCAACCAUGGGGGACAGGCACAGAGCCCCCACCCUGCUGCUGUCCCCCAGGGAGAGAUUGAGAUAGAGGAUGAGGAAGAUGAUGAUGGCUUCAUAGAGGAUAACUACAUACAAGCCAGCGAGAGGGAGAGGGCUAAGAGGGCACUUGAAGUGGAGGAAGAGGAGGAAGAGGAUGGGAUGGACUUUACCAUUGGCUAGGAAGAAAGGGAUAAGGUGGAAAGAGAGGGGAGAGAAUGAGAGAGGGAAGAGAGAGAGAGCUCACUAGUCUAUUUGGACACUGAUUGGGGCCAAUGCAGAUAUUAAACAUAAGCAUGUCUAUUUCCAUCAUAUUUAGAGGGAAAAAACAGUCCAGAGACAGAUGAAUACAAAACUGAUAAUAGCAAUAUUAUCAAUUUAGCUCCGCAAUAGGGCACCUUUGCCGGUGUCUUUCAAUGGAUUUCAAAAUUGGACUGACUGUUGGUACAGACUUUGAUAGAAAUUUGUUCGAAAAUUAUUAUUUAAAGUGUGUCAAAUAAUCAAUCAAUGAAUUUGUUUUUGAGUUAGAUUUUUUAAAAGUUUUACCAAUGCAUUUGAUGUUAUUUGGGUGUGCCUGCACUCCAUUUUGUUACAUUUGUAGAUAAAAUAAAACGUUUUCAAAUUCAA